CCCUAAGGUUUCUUGUAUUCUCAAGGCAUACUGUCGGUGAAUCAGGAACCAGGGGUCCCCGAAUCCCGAGGCCAAGCCAGCAAUCCGCCACGUGGCGCCAUCCCGCGGGGUCACCUCCGCAAGGUAAAAAAGACUAAGUCCCGGAAGAGAGCGCUCGGGGCCACAGUUAGUGGUCCCCGAGUACCCGGGUUCCCCGACGAUCUGCGAAGACUAAGUGACGGGAAGAAAGUGCUCGAGGAGGUAAACGGCGACCCCCGAGCGCCCAAGUCCCCCGACGACCAGGAGAACCAAGUAUCGGGAGGGGUGUGCCCAGGCCUGCAAGUAGUAGCCCCCCGGGCACCCGAGUACCCCGAGGGCCCACUGAAGGAAGUUCCUGGAGAGAGUGCUCGGGGCUGCGAGCCGCGGCCCCCGAGCACUCGGUUCCCCGAGGAUCCGUACAAACAUGCCCGGGAGAGAGUGCUCGGGGAGGUGAAUAGUAGCCCCCGAGCACUCGGUUCCCCGACGACCAAGGAAGGGCAUUCUCGGGAGAGAGUGCUCGGGGAGGUGAACAGUGACCCUCGAGCACUCGGUCCCCCGACGACCCAGGAAGCCCCUCCGUCAGUGGCCCCCACAGGGGUCCAGCGAUGAGGUGACAACAGGUGAAAGGCCCGAGGCCGCAUUUAAGAGCGCGCAUGGCCUGUCACCUCCAACUGCUCCUGCCACGCUCGGUGUCAGUUCCUGCCAUAUUCUGGCAGAAGGGUGUGGGGACAUUAAAUGCACGAGUCCCAUCCCGUGCCAUCCGGCGCGCCUCGGGAUAACGUCACAAGGGCCAAGGCGUUCCGUCUGCCGCGCUGCUGUGGCAGGAGAACAAGACAGGGCGGGCACGCCGGGCCAUUUUGUGGCUGCCCGGUGGUUCCUCUCCACGGCGCCCGUUGCCAGUGCCAUUAUGGCGACUGAUGACCGGGCGCGGGGCGCGUUUUCAACCCCGUCACUUCGCACAGAGGCUAUGAUGACGCCCUUUCUAUUUAUGGUGCCUUGGAACUUGUGCCCUCCCAUUCGGGGCACGCUACUGCCGGCGGGUAUUUAAAGCAGCCGGCAGCACGGACAAAAACAAGUCUAAGAAGAAAAAGUCGGAGAAGUAAAAAAUCUCUGAACAAGCGAAGUAUGUUGAAGCGCUCGAGCUGAAAAAGCCCAACAAGCUCUGCACGGUUGAAGAAGUUAAGGAAGUAGAGAAGAUCGAGAAGUCCAAGAGCACCCAAAGCCAACAGAUACACAUAUACUGAAGAACUAGGAGCCCCAGGCUCUAGGAUAGACAAACAUUCUUGUAACUAGCACAUUCCUGAGAGACAUUUUCAGGACAUUUAUAGCAUCCAUACAGGAGUAGGGUGUUACGCCUCUGUACGGCCCGAACCUGUCCAAACCCCCAGUGCAUUUACUUCAUUCCGCACUAGAUCAUUCCACCCCGCCAGCCAUCGCAUUCAUAUCCAUUUAUUUCUCCGGCAAACUUAUUCAGAAUCAUCCCCCCGGCCUAAUCUCUAAAAAGGGGUCCCUCAGGAUCCCUGCGAUAGGAGUUAACCCUCCGACAGCUGGCGUGUCAGGUAGGGGGAAGCAUCCCUGAAUUUGUUUGUUUGUUUUCUCCUGCAGAAAAAAUGGCUGGUGGUCAUUGUCUCCGGCGCUCUGGCUCCAGCUCCAGUGAGGAAAUGGAGCCCCUCGCUCAGGAGGCCCCAGUCGCUGCUGCGUCCCAGCAGCAGCCACGAUCUGCACGCACGGCGUUCCUCUCUCAGGAGGACCAUGGCGCUGGGCCUAGCAGGGCCGCCGCCGCCGUCGCUGGUGCACCAUCCAACCCCCAGCAGGUGGCAGAAACUCCUGCCGCCAGGUCCGCGUGUGGACAGCACCGGGCGUCGCUGCAGCGUAGGCUCGCCUUUGGCGAGGCCAGUCCCGGGAGCGCGCUGCUUGCGGCGCAAGCUCUCCUCAGGCACCCGCCAGUCCAGGCUGCAGGGGAAACCCCGGAAGGCCGUUGGCUCCAGGAAGUAGCCGCCUUAGUCAGCAGGGCCCACCACCAGGUGCUGGCCGAAAGUUCCCGCGCUACCACACACCGCGGCGUAGCUAAGACCGGCCCAUCAUCAGGUGGCGGUCGCACUGGCCGGGGGGCCUCCAAGCAGAGCGCUGCCCCCCUGGCCACUACCGAAGCCCAGGACCUCUGCUUGCACCUCAACGAAAGGAGGGGCAUCGAAGAUGCGCGCGUCACCCUCGAGCGCUAGCGGGAGACCCGGCAUGAGGCUGAAGCCGAGGACCAGGUCUCCUCUUUUCCGGCCCAUGAUCGUCAGGGCUCCCCGCCUCGCCGGCGUUCACCGCCCAAGAGCGCUGCCCGCACCGCAGGGUACGGCACCGGUUGCCGAGCCUUCACCAGUGAGCUCCGCCGGGUCAAAUGGCCCACCAAGUUCCGCCCUGAACUGCCGGAGAAGUAUGACGGGUCCAUCGAUCCUGUCGAGUUCCUCCAGAUAUACACCACCGCUGUCCAAGCAGCUGGUGGCAGUGAGAAGGUGAUGGCCAACUACUUUCAUGUCGCCUUGAGGGGCUCUGCCCGCUCUUGGCUUAUGAACUUACCCCCAGGAUCUAUCAGCUCCUGGGAUGAUCUUUGCCACCAGUUUGUGGCUAACUUUCAGGGCACAUUUACGCGCCUUGGCCUGGAGGCGACCUCCACGCCGUCAAGCAGCAGGAGGGGGAGACACUGCCAUGCUUUAAUCAGCGCUUCAGCCAGGUCCGCAACACCAUCCCGCGGAUAACCCCCCACGCUAUCAUUGUCGUGUUUCGGCAGGGCAUCCGCGACGAGCGGAUGCUCAAGAAGCUAGGCACGCACGAGGUCGAAACCACCAUGGAGCUUUUUGCGCUGGCCGACAAGUGCGCCAAGGCGGCGGAAGCUCGGGCAUGGCAUGUUCCACGCCUUGAGCACCCCGCCGCCGAUCAGCCAGGUCCUUCCCGCUCCGACAGGCGGGAAAAGAAAAAGAGAAGGAGGCGUGAGGCUGUCCCCGUCGAGCCAGGCCAGGGUCCUGCCCAUGGGCCGGCCCAAGAACCCGACCACAGGCAAGCGCACCGGGCGGCCGCCGACAGAUGGCCUGCGACCGCGAGGGCUCCCGCCCGAGCCCCUCCUAAGGCUCCGGCUCCCGCAAGGGCUUCCGCUCCUGCAAGGGCCCCCGCUCCCGCGGGGCCCGAGCCGGGGAAGUGGUGCUCGAUCCACCAGACCAGGUGGCAUGACCUCAUGGAGUGCCGCACGGUCAAGGGCCUCAUCGAGCAGCGCCAGAGGGACCGCGAGGAGCCCCGCAGGGGCGGCGACGAAGGAGCCGUCCCCAACAACGCAGAGCUCAGCUUCCAGGAACCAGAGCACACCUUCGCCUUCAUCGAUGGAGGCGCGUACACGCCCUCCUCCCACCCCAGUGUCAAGAGGCCGCAAGGCCCCUGAAGUGGUCGGAUGCCCCAAUCACUUCAGCAUGGCCGACCACCCCGCCAGUACUGCAGGCGUGGGGCGACUACCCCUGGUAGUGUCCCCCACCAUCUGCAAUGUGAAGGUCAGCAGAGUGCUGAUCGACAGAGGCUUUCGAGAAGCUACAGGUGCCCUCCAGGUGCCUAAAGCUGUCGCUCCCCUUUUACGAGGUGACACCUGGGCACUCCCUGCCCCUCGGGCAGGUCGAGCUUCCCGUGACAUUCGGGAGCCGGGACAAUUUCCGGACGAAGAAUGUCAUCUUCGACGUCGUGGAGCUCCCCCUCCCCUACAACGCCAUCCUCAAGCGCCCGGCGCUCGCUCGGUUCAUGGUGGCCACGCACUACGCGUACCUCACAGUUAAGAUGCUGGGCCCAGCGGGCCCCAUCUCCGUAUCCGCCGAGACCAGCAGUGCCAUCUCCUGCACCGAGCAGUUAUACUCGACCUUGGUCUCAGCUCGGGCCGAGGUUGAAGGUCGUCCAGGGGGCCUGGGACCCUCUUCAUCCAAACCCCAACUCGCUGCCGACGCCUCCGUUUCUACUAAGGAGGUCGUGGUGGGCGAAGACGCUUCCAGGUCAUCCGAAUCAGCGGUGACCUGGGCCGCGAAUAGGAAAGCGCGCUCGUUGCCUUCCUCCGGGCUAACGUCAAUGUGUUUGCAUGGCAGCCGUCCGAUAUGCCCGGGAUCCCUAGGGAGGUGAUCGAGCACCACUUGGCUGUGCGCCCGAACGCACGCCCGGUGAAGCAGAAAGUCCGGAGGCAGGCGCCCGAGCGCCAGGAGUUCAUCCGGGAGCGAGUCAGUAAGCUCCUUGAUGCCGGAUUCAUUCGAGAAGUCCUCCAUCCCGAGUGGCUGGUGAACCCAGUCAUCGUCCCGAAGGCCAACGGCAAGCUCCGCAUGUGCAUGGACUACACCGAUCUAAACAAGGCUUGCCCAAAAGAUCCUUUUCCUUUACCCCACAUAGAUCAGAUUGUAGAUGCAACCGCGGGAUGUGAUCUUUUGUGUUUUCUAGAUGCAAACUCUUGUUAUCACCAGAUUCGCAUGGCCAUAGAGGAUGAAGAAAAAACUUCUUUUACCACUCCGGUGGGGACUUAUUGCUAUGUAUCGAUGCCUUUUGGUUUGCGCAACGCUGGGUCUUCUUUCCAGCGCGCUAUCCACAUCACCCUUGACUCGCAGGCUGGCCGCAACGUCGAGGCCUACAUCGACGAUCUCGUGGUCAAAUCCCGAGACCGCGCCACCCUACUCGAAGAUCUUGCUGAGACUUUCAACAGUCUCCGCACUACCCACCUGAAGCUCAACCACGAGAAGUGCGUCUUCGGGGUGCCUGCGGGCAAGCUCCUCGGUUUCUUGGUCUCCAGCCGAGGGAUCGAGGCUAACCCAGAGAAGAUCUAGGCCAUCGAGCAGAUGCAACCCCCGGCUCAACUCAAGGAGGUGCAGCGUCUCGCCGGCUGCAUGACGGCCCUCAGGUGCUUCAUCUCCAAACUUGGGGAGCGAGGACUCCCCCUCUUCAAGCUUUUGAAGAAGACCGGUCGUUUCGACUGGACGCCGGAGGCUGAGCAGGCCUUCCACAAUCUGAAGAAGUACCUCACCUCACCGCCCGUACUGGUGGCCCCCUCUGAGGGUGAGCCACUACUGCUCUAUGUGUUGGCCACUCCUCAGGUCAUGAGCAUGGUACUGGUGGUGGAGCGCGAUGAGUGCUUGGGGCAAGAUGCUGGGUCCCAGCUCCCAGCCGCCCCCAAGCACUCCCAUGUACUCUCGGCUCCUCCCGUCCACUUGGCUCCCCCUGAGCAGGGGGUCGAGCCCGAGCACUUGGCUCCUCCCGACCAGGGAGUCGAGCCCGAGCACCCAGCCAGUCUCGACCACAUCGCCGAGCUCGGGGGCUGUGACAGGCCCUCGGGUGAAGCCGCAGUCCGGGCCCACCUCGUACAGCGACUGGUGUACUUCGUCAGUGUUGUCCUCCGGGAUGCCAAGACAAGAUACCCCCAAGCACAGAAGCUGCUCUACGCCGUGCUAGUUGCUUCCCGGAAGCUGCGCCACUACUUCCAGGUGCACAAGGUCUCGGUGGUUACCACGUACCCACUGGGGCCCAUCCUCUGGAACCGAGAAGGCACCGGGCACAUCGUCAAGUGGGCGGUGGAGCUGGCGGAGUUCGACCUGCACUUUGUCAGCCGCCAGGCGAUCAAAAGCCAGGCGCUCUCCGACUUCGUGGCAGAGUGGACGCCCGUCCCCGAUGUCGAUCAAGAAGAAAUUUCCACAUAUCCCGGGCACGAUGCGCCCGGGUACUGGAUUAUGCACUUCGACGGUUCCCUCACGCUGAAAGGCACGGGGGCCGGAGUGGUUCUCACCUCCCCGACGGGUGAAGAACUCCAGUACUUCGUGCAACUGUAGUUCCGAGCAACCAACAACAUGGCGGAAUAUGAGGACCUCAUCGCUGGCCUCCGAGCCGCAGUGGGCCUCGGGAUUCAUCGCCUCCUGGUGAAGGGAGACUCCCAGCUGGUGGUCAACCAGGUAUCGAAAGAAUACCAGUGCACGGAUCCUCAAAUAGCGGCGUACGUGGCGGUAGUAAGGAAGCUAGAGAGGCACUUCGACGGCCGGGAGCGGCGAUACAUCUCUCGCCGUGACAACGCUCUGGCCGAUGACCUUUCUCGCCUGGCCUCCUCUCGUGCGCGCGUCCCUACCGGAGUCUUUGAAGAAAGACUCACACAGCCUUCCGUCCUGCCUACCGAACAAGACGAAGGGGAAACCUCGAGCUCAAUUCAGGGGACCCCGGCGGAGCCCUCAGUGGGAAGCCCCGACAGUGUGCCACCGCCCGGUGAGUGCACUGCGCUUGCUGGCUAUUCUCAGGAUGCCUCGUGGAUGGACGAGAUCCAAGGGUACUUGAAAGAAAAGUUCCUCCCCGAGGAUGAUGCCUCUGCUGAAAGAGUUGCUCGGCAGUCCAAACACUAUACCAUAGUAGAUGGGGAUCUCUACCGGCGUGGCGCAGGCGGCGUCCUCCUGAAAUGCAUCACCAGGGCAGAAGGCGGCGAGCUCUCGCUGAGGUCCACAAGGGCGAGUGCGGUGGCCAUGCAUCAUUCCGCACAUUGGUCGGGAAGGCUUUCAGGCAAGGUUUCUACUGGCCUACAGCCCUCCAGGAUGCUUCCGAGCUGGUUCGGCGCUGGAGGGCGUGCCAGUUCCACGCAAAGCAGAUUCACCAGCCAGCUCAGGCUCUUCAAACCAUCCCCCUGUCAUGGAUUUUUGCGGUCAGGGGGCUGGACAUUCUGGGUCCAUUCCCCCGAGCAAUCGGGGGCUAUGAGUACCUCUAUGUCGCCAUCGACAAGUUCACCAAGUGGCCGAAGGCGGUUCUAGUCAUCAAGGUGACCAAGAACACGACGCUCCAGUUUAUCCGCGGUAUCACCAGUUGCUUCGGUGUUCCGAACCGGAUCAUCACCGACAAUGGCACUCAGUUCACAAGUGCCCUGUUCGGGGACUACUGCGAGGACCUCGGCAUUAAGCUCUGCUUCGCCUCUGUCGCUCAUCCUCGGAGCAAUGGGUAGGUCGAGCGCGCCAACGCGGAGAUACUGAAGGGGCUCAAAACCCAGACCUACAACGUUCUCACAAAGCACGGGAAAGGGUGGAUCGACGAGCUGUCUGCCGUGCUAUGAGCCAAUCGGACCACGCCAAGUCGCGCUACCGGGGAGACUCCUUUCUUCCUUAUGUACGGCGCUGAGGCGGUCCUCCCCUCCGAGCUCACUCUAGGCUCCCCUAGGGUGCAAGCCUACUCUGAAGGCGAACAGGAACAGCGAAGGCGCGACGACGUCGACUACUUGGAAGAACGCCGGCGGCGUGCCGCCGUCCGAGCAGCCCGCUACCAGCAAAGCCUGCAGCGUUAUCAUCAGCGUCACAUCCGGGCCCGGUCUCUCGAGGUGGGGGAUCUAGUUCUCUGACACGUCCAAUCGUGUGAAGGAAGGAAUAAACUGUCCCCUAUGUGGGAAGGCCCCUUUACCGUGAUCGGUGUCCCGCGAGAAGGCUCCUUUCGGCUGGCUGCAGAGGAUGGACAACCGCUCCCCAACGCGUGGAACAUCGAGCAUCUGCGCAAAUUCUUCCCAUAGAUGGCAUGUAUGUGUGCUCAGGUCAACCAGGCUGGGGGCUCCCCCCCCCCCCUCCCGCGCCCAAGUUGACCGGGGGCUACCACUAACCGGGUAAAUCACCCAGUCUUGUAAAAAUUGUCAAUACAAUAUAUAUGUCAUCAAUGUGCAGUUCUUAUGUCAAAUUUUAUUUUUCUGGAAACCAUAUGUUUAAUCUGUCAGGUGAGAUGCUCGAUUGUGCGAGAAAAAAUUUGCUCUCUCAUUUUCCCCGUUGAUAAAAGAAUCCCGAUCGGUAUGCGCGCGGGCAGUUGCUGCUGACUUAUGUCUGUCGUGGUAGGCUGUGGUGUUCGGUGUCGUGGCAGUCCCCCAGGCAUCACCGAGUCCCUGGGGUUCUCAGGUAAUCCUAUCGCUUGAGCAAAGAGUAGUCCGGAGCCUAGUUCCCAGGAGGGACCUGUCGGUGCUCGGUCUGGUCUGUCAUACCCGGGCGCCACCGAACCAUAGGACCUCUGGGUUAUGCCUCUGCAUGUAUAGUCCACCGGUCUGGGUAUUUGAGAGGUCCCGGGUUGAAAACAAGAGCAGCCUAUAAUGAGUACCGCACUAACAGAGCGCACCAAGCAAAGAAUCUUUCUUUUUUUCUCGAAUCACAGAUCAACAAUCAAAAGCAAAAGCAGCUCGACCGCGAGGGCCUGCCCAGGUCACUGCUCGGGCCUAGGGGUCCUCAGGUGGUCCUACUGCUCAGGCGUGAGUGGUCGGGAUCGCCUGGUCCCGGGCUCCCCAUCACGCUCCCCAGUGCUCGGGUGUUCCAGCUGAAGGAACCAAGUUCCCGGGCACCCCGAGCUCGGGGCGCGUACCUCUCCUAGAUCAGUCGGCCGAAAAGCUGACAGCUGUCCGGUGAGUGGUUAAAUUCAUACGAAUCUAUAGUCUUUAAAUAUAUUGUUCCCGAGUUAUCCUCGGGGCCCUCAUAUUCUAAUCUAUUCGGCGAGAUGGUCUCCUCGCGCACAAAACCCUGCCACGUGUCCGCUUUUCCCGGAACGAAAGAACGGACAGUAGAAAGGUGUACCGUACGAACGGCGAUGUCUGACCGAAGUCCUUCAUGGUGGUCGUGGUGUUCGGUCCGCUUAAAAGGCCCCGAGCACUACCGAGCCUCUAGGGUUCUCGGGUAAUCUCACCGCUCGAGCAAAGAGCGGUCGGGAGCCUAGACCCUGGGGCGGGCUGUCGAUGCUCAGUCCGGUCCGUCCUAGCCCGGGCACCACCAAAUCGUGGGGACUCUUGGUCGCAUUUCCGCCCGCACGUGUCUCCAGUCUACCUGUUUGAGUGGUCACAAAAUGGGAAAGUGUUCACUGGUCCUGGUGUGCUCCGUGCUGGAUCGACCUAUCUCCCGAGCAAGGAAGUUCGUGCCUUUGUCUUUUGACUUAGCCACUGCGGACUCACGAGGGCUCGGAGGCUGAACGCGCAAAGAAGGCCUCACUUCUCGGGCGACGAGUGGUCGGGGCAACUUCGUUCUCGAGGAGGGAAAGGUCGGGCUCAGUCUGACUGAGUACUCCUCGGGACAUCAAGUGAAAAGAACAGAGACUUCAUCAAGCAGUUGAAAGAACACUGGAGUUGCGACCCCAAAGAAAGGCUUCCGUUAUAUUCACAAGAAAGGACAGCUAUUCUGAGGGAUCACUCCCAUAUUUACAUCAAGUCAAAGAAAAAGAAAAUUACAAAACCCUAAUCUAAGUCAGAGCCGUCGAGCUCGGAAGAUAGCGGGGCCUCCUCGCCGCUGCUCCCCGGGUCCGGAGUCGGCGGCGCCUCCCACGUGAAGCAAGCUGCCACCUCGGCGGCGACGCUCCAGACUGCUUCCUGGGCGGCCUCCUCCUCAGCCUCGACCACCCCUUCCCGAGCUGGUUCCAGUGAGAAGUUCAGAUCCCAGCUCCGGUAGCAGGCCAGGACGUGCUCGGCCACCGCUUGGGCCAAGCCACGCCCUUCCCAGGCGGCUAGCUCCUGCGUGGCCUGGGGAAGCGCCUCGAGUCGCUGGCUGAUUUUCUUGAAGCUAAGGGCGAUGUGGCCGAUACCCGUCCCCUUCGCUCCCACGUGGACUCGCCCGAGCCCGGCCACCCUCACGGACCUCCGUGCUUGCCGAAGGAUGUCUUCCAUCAUCAGCUUCACAUUGGUCUGUUCGGCCUUGGCGGUCUCGAGCUCGUCCUUCAUGUUCUGUAGCCGCUCCUCGAGGCUUAGCCCCUCGGCCGUGCUGGUCGAGGCGGCGCCGGGCACCGGGGCUUCGGCCUGCUUCACCUGCUCGGCAAGGGCAGAGAGGGCCUGCUCACAGGCAGUCAGCUCUGACUCCCACAUGGCGACCCGCUCCUCUCGAGCAGCUAAGGCCACCAACGCCUCGGCAGCCUCCGUCUCCCGGCGGAUCAGCAGCUCCUCCCGGGCGUCCAGAUCCGUCGCCGUGAUGCCGAUGUUGGUCUCACGGAUCGCGACGUCCUCCUCCCGAUGCUGGAGCUCCUCCUCCCGACGCUGGAGUUCGGUGCGGCUCUGCUCAACCUCGCCUUUCUAGCGGGCCAAGUCCGCCUGGGAGGCCUCCACCAUCCUCUCCCUGGCGAGUACCUCGGCGGCUCGCUGCCGCGAUGUCUCGGCCAGGCGGGCGGCUUCUUCUUGCUCCUGCACGGCCUCCGUGCGUAUGCCCUCCAGGGCCUCCCACUCCGCCUCUAUCGCUCGCCGCUCAUUCUCGUUGAUGGCGUGCGCCGCGGCGACGCGGCCCUCAAAAAGGCAUCUGCCCUCAGCCAGCCGCUCCCUCUCCUCAAGAAGGGCGGUGCGGUCCACCUCAAGCUGCAUCUUCUCCCCCGCCUCGGCCGCCUCCAACCGUUUGAUCACCUCCCGGGCGCUUCCUAGCACGUCUGGGAGGGGUUCUGCAGGCCGGCUGGGCGACGGCCGAGCGCUGGGUCCCCUGCGAGCCCCCUCUGAGGGGCUCGGGGUCCCUGAAUACUGUCACGCAGGCACCGCCAUCAACGAGGCCAUCCGCCCCGCACUCGAUAUUCUCGGGGCGGGCUCCGCCGGCACCGGUUGCUCGAGCGCGGACUCUGCCAUCGGCUCGGGGCAGGGCGGCGCCUGUGGCUCUGCUUCGACCGACGCGCUCUACAGCUCCAGCUCCUUCGGCACGCUCAGCGGCUACGGCUCCAUCAGCGCGCUCGGCUCAGGCACGCUCGGCUCGGGGGCUGGAGCCGGCCUCGGCACCUCCGACCAUCCUUGGUCUCCAGCGGCGUCCGUAGGCGGCUUGAAAAGGAAAAUAAGGUCAGUCUCCGAACUCACUUCGGGCAAGGCAUGCUAAGGGAAAAGGGGAGAACCUUACGCAGUUUUGGGUCUUCGGUAUUGCCAUCUUGAUUCCGGGAUCCUGUAUUCCGGGCCCGACGGUUUGGCCCGGAAUCCCCCCUCCUCCUCUUCUGCGAGGGGCUCUGCGGGGCCGCAGCGUGGUCUCCAGGCUCCAAACCAAGCCCAAGCAGAUCAAGGUCUGGUUCCAGAACCGCAGAUGCCGCCUCCGUCGCCAGCCCCGCGUCGGACGAUUGGCCGCCCUGGCCUCCCUCCUUUGCGCCAGGUGACGGCGACGAUGAGGACGUCGGCGAGAACACCGUCACUAAGCACAUGAACAAUCUCAAGAUGAAUAUUGUUAGUACCAGUACCUACGGCUACUGCGGGGAGGUGAUGAAUGACGGCGAAGUUCUCCCUGCGCUUGAAUCUGAGGGUGGUGAUUGCUGACACUCAAAUGAGUGGGAACUAGUUACUAUCAGAUGGUGGUCAGUGCAAGUUCUUGCAGCGAAUCAACUAAAAUGUCAUGAGAAUCUAUGAAUGAAUGCAUAGAUAUCUCCACGACAUUCCAAGCGUCAGAAGGAAGUUUCAACUUUGAAAGAAGUUGUUACCCUUGCGUCAAAAUAAUUUUACUGUUCACAACUGGGGUGAAUGGUAGGGAUCCCAAUAUGGUACAAAUUGUUGAGUGUUACUGCAUCGAGUCUGGAUAGCUAUUUUGAAUUGUAAAGGCUAUUGUUAGAGUGCUUUCAUCUCUAAUGUUAUUUUCAACUGUUUCCUCUCUUGAACUCAAAUAACGGUAUGAACCUUUGGAUUAAUCAACCUGAAUUUGGUCCCGUUUGUCCUAAUCUUUUUAGAGCAUUGACUUUCUCAUAUUUAUUUGGCCAUUGUUCAAUUCUGUUAUUCCAUCAAACUUCAAUAAGCUCAUUAAGGCCUGAUUUCGCCCCUCAACCACAUGUUCCAACUGUUAGCUUUGAUGGGGCCAUAGGGGAUACCUGCAGGCACAACCUUGUAACUUGGGAUCUUUUUUUAGUCUCUACUCCUGAGGUAUAGAUAUAGUAUCUGAACACUUGUAACCUGGGAUCUGGAACUGUUGGUAGGCUUUCUUUUAUUUUUCUUUGAAACCUUCGGCCUCCUUGAAUUGCAAGAAGAGCUCCCUUAGUUCCCAUUUGUCAUGUGCAUGCAAAGGAACUCCAAUUUAAUAGGAGGAUCUAGUUCAAAGUAGUCGCGCCUGUGUUCUGGGUUCAAAAUUGUCAUGCUCGACCCUGGAGAAGGGUACAUGACGAAGCUAUAUACCCUAGAGUUGAUGUUCAUUGCUUGUGAACUAGUAUCAUAUAGCACACAUUAGCACUGAACACCUACAUAAUCUCAAGUAUUUCCUAGUUGAAAUCUAUACAUCAGUCCCCAUGAUGUCCAACAAGGUUGUAACAAAUGCAAUCAAGGACUCUAUUGCCAUGCAUCCCAACAAUUCUACUGCGAAUUACAGGUUUUGUGCUGGUUAUCUUGGCAAGCUAGGCAGUGAAGGCGGAUAGCGUUCACUGAAGUCUAUUGUGUUGAGGUAAAAUCUUAUCCGGAAGGCUUACCUCAUUAUUCUGUUCGACUUGUUUAACCCUUUGUGGCUAAGCCGGCAAACAGAUGUGUAAUCAUGGUAUUGUUAUGGAUCCACGCUUUGGGAUUAUUGUUUACCAAAGGAACAGGAAGCAGAUUGGGAAAGAUCAGUAGUAGUUUCCUACUAGAGUUCGGACUCUAAAGUUCAUCUAUAGUAUUAGUCUUCCUUUUAUUGCUAGUCAUUCUAUAGAAAUAAGUUUCCUUGUUUGGACUGUCCAAAAACAGGAAUUCCUUAGCAUCUAUAUAUAUAUAGAGGGAGUAUAGUUUGUAAU